AUGGGUUUGUCAGCGCAACGUCACCAAGAAUACCCUAGUCCGCACGCCACCACCUCUGCCAUUUUUCAGCUUCGCAACUCCGCGCGGGUCUCCCUUCCGUGCGCUUCUUGCCCCGCGCACGCCUCUUCUCCUCCAUGCACUCGCUGGCCGCCGCAUCCCCCCUCCGCACCGACUGAUGCACCACUCCACCAAGCGCAGCGAGCGUUCCCUCCCGAUGGCGGAGGGCGUGGCACGCAGCUGCUGCAGGGGGAUGCGGAUGCGGGGGUUUACCCGCUGCAGGCGAUGACGCAGUCACUCUUCCCCCCUCUCGAAUGUCUCCGCCACUCGCUCCGGCCUCUUUCGCUCGCCCGUCUCAGGGGGAGUGGAAAGCGCAUCUCCACCACACGCUCCGGUCUCAUCUGCUCACCGGUGUCUGGGGUAGUGGAGAGCGUCACAAGUGCCCACACCCAACCAGCGCCAGCAGUGGCAGUGCGCAAACUGGUGGAGCGGGCGCAGUUCGCACAGCUCUGCUCUGCUCCAUCAUGCCCCACUCGCACCACCGCUGCAAGGUCGGACUCAUCAGACCUGACCUUCCUCUGCCGCCCCAGUCACCCCCCAACCCACUCCACCUCACCGUCCGUUGCCAUUGACCAUCCGUUGCCACCUCUCCCCUUCACCAUUGACCCCUCCUUCCCCCCACCCAACACCCCCUUUCCCCUGGACCCUCACUUCUUGCUCUCCCCUCUGGGCAUGCACGCGUGCAACCUCCAGUCGGACCCGCGCUGCACCAUGCUGCUGCAGAUUCCGGGGUGCAGCGGCCUUGCCAAUGCCAACGUCACCAUCGUUGGGGAUCUGUACUCGCUGCCGCCAUCCCAGCAGGUAUGGGCUGUCAUGGCUGCUGUCUUGCCCCGUGCACUGCUGCUCUUCCCAUCACCUCACCUGCCUCCAUUUCCGAGCCUUCUUUCCCCCCUCCCCCCCUUACCGCGAACCUUAACCCCACCAGGAGUGGGCGGGGAGCUUCUAUGUGAAGCUGACAUCUACUUUGUGGGGGUCUUUGGCAUGGUGGCGUGGACUGACGUGGCUGAGUAUGUGAGACCAUUCUUCAACACGCCCAUGUCCUUCCCUCCCGCUCACUCUCCCCCUCCUCCCCCUACUAGUGAGAUCUAUUUUGUGGGCGGGUUUGGCAUGGUGGCAUGGAAAGAUGUGGCUGAUGUGACAACUCUUUGCAACUGUCAGGGUGAGAUCGCUCUACCAGCAGGAUUUCCCCUUCCUUCUCCUCAUCCCUUGGGAGAUGACAAAGAGGAGAAUGAGCCCGAGCGCCACAUCACUGCCGACUCGCUUGAGGUCUUCGCUCAGACCAAUGUGCUGCAGCCCAAGGUGAACGAGAGCGUCUUUACGGAGCAGAAGGUGGUGGAGAGCACUUUGGCACGAAGAAAGUCGUUGCUCGGUGUUGAUAAUGUUCCCGGCGCCCAGUCCAGGGAAGGAGGGUGUGCUGCAGCUGACAGUGCGGAAUUCCCCGGCCCGCUCAAGUACCACACUGUUGCGACGCAACUCAUGCAGGCGGAAGAGCAGGUGCAGGCAGCUGUGCGGGAGAAGCAAUCCCUGGAGCAGCGCAUGGAGAAUGUGGGGCUCUCAACGGCCAACCAGGUUCCCUAG